AUGGAUGAUCUCAGAGUUGGAUUUUUUCUUCUUAUUUUGCUAUCUUUCUCGUUAAGGUGUGAAUCAUGGGGUUGGUUUUCAUCAUCUAAAGAGAGUCAUACUAGUGAGAGGAGUUACGAAAAUCAAGCAAAUUUUAGAGGUUCGAGUGCUGAAUUCUCAAUUGAGCCUUUCAAUGACCCAAAGGGAAUAAAACUAGUAGAGAAUGCUAAGAAUAAAAUGUCUGGAUCAAAUGCUUGUUGGCAAAAUGCUUAUCAGCAUCUUUUUGCCGGAUGUUCGGAGAUUUUGGCGACCGAUGACAAAAGAUCUAGAUUAGCUUGGCAUUUAAGUGAUUGUUUUCAAAAGGACUCUGGUAGAGCUUCAUUUCCUCGUUGUGACUCAAAAACACAGAUUGCUAAAUGUCUGAGAGACUUGGAUGAUCUUGCUCAUAAGGUUUAUCUUGAAUUCUACCUUGAAACCAACUCAAUUUGCUACCAAUUACAGACACAUGCGUUUAAACAUGAAACUGAGAGACUUGUGACUGAAUUGAAAAGUUCGGCCCAAUAUGUCGAGGACAAGUUAGACAGCAUUGAAGAGAAAUCAGAUAAUCUAUUACAAGGCUCAAAACAAAUUUCUGAAUCUCUUGAAUCGGUUAAUAGUCACACGCAGCUAGUAGCGCAAACUGUUAAGAAUGUGAAAGGUCAUAUUGAUGUGGUAUUAAGACACUCUGAGAGUGUUUAUGAGCAAACUACGAAAAUUGCUGUAUCACAAUCCGAACUAAAAGAAGGCCAAGAAGACAUGAAGAGGAAUUUAGAGGAUGGAGUAGCAUUGCUUAAAGAAUCUUAUAGUUAUUUGGGAACGGAAAUAGAAAAGUUAAGAGAUGAAGCCAUUGAGAUUGAGAACGAGGUGAUCAAAGUUGGCGAUGCUAUGUCAUCAAAGAUGAACAAUCUGCAAAACAAAGCUGAAGAUAUUGGAAAUAUGGCAGGGAUUUCUUUAGAUAAACAACAACAACUUUUAGACGGACAAUCCACCGCACUCAAGGGUCUAAAUUCAUUGAAUGAGGUUCAACUCAAAGCACUUGAAGAAAGCAGGAAAAGCCUCCAAUAUUUUGCAGAAUAUGGACAUAGGCAACAAGAAGAGCUUCUAAAGAGGCAAGAACAAAUUCAAGGCCUACAUGAUAAAUUAAUGGAGAAUUCAAAAACAAUAUUGUCUGCACAGGAAUCAUUUGAGGCAAAACAGGCUACUAUGUUUGUUGCUUUGGAUAAACUAUUUGCUUUGCAAAAUGCCAUGUUGCUUGAAUCAAGAGUGAUUAAAGCUUUCUUCAUUUAUUCAAUUUCAAUCUUUGUCAUCUUUAUGUUGACUAGCACAAAACUAACUUAUAAUAUCAGACCGUUACUUUAUAUCGAGUUUUGUGUUGCUCUCAUGGUUGAAGUAUUCAUUAUCCGUUUAUUAAAUGACAACAUGGAGAAACAAACAUGGAUAAUCAACAAAAUCAGACUAUGUUUCAUGGGAGCUGGUUUGGUUCAACUUUUAUAUGCAAUUUGCACAUACAAAGACUUUGAAAGGAUGAAUCAUCAAAUGCUAUUAACAUUAGUUAACAAGAUUAACAACAUUCAAAAAAUAGAAGAGUCGAACUUCGAUGAGGAUGAUGAUGAUUAUAUGGAUUGGUCUCAAUGGAUAGAUAAUGAUUUAUCUGAUGAUGUGAAUGAGCUGGAUGAUCCUGACUUUAUAAUUCCAGAAGAAGUUGCAGAGAAUUCGAUAACAAUCUCUCCGAGUACAAAAAAGUAUAAUCUACGCUUGCGCAACCGAUUAUAUUAA